AAAAGGAUCUGUUUUUCGUCAUUUUUUUAAUUUUCGCAAAACAGUCUUUAUCUAAGAAGAUGACUACACAGUCUCCAGGUGUCUGGGGGCCUUGGGCUUCUUGGGAAGAAAACUGCAGUGUUACAUGUGGAAUAGGUUUUAGAAGGCGUGUGAGAACAUGCAGCUACGAGGGAAGGAAAAAAGAACUGCGCUGCCCUGGAGCAGGCGGACAAAUAAAAAACUGUGACACCAAAAUCACAUGUCCUGUGCAUGGAGGAUGGGCAACUUGGAAUGCCUGGGAAUGCACAAAAUCUUGUGGUGGUGGUAUGGGAAAACAGAAACGAACGUGUACUAAUCCGAAGCCGAUGUUUAAUGGCAAUGCCUGUGAAGGACCAGCAGAGCAGGAUGGAAUGUGCAAUGUACAGAAAUGUCCAGACGAAAUAUACACUCUGUCGCCAGAAACUCUGCAGGCACUUAAGGAUUCAGUUGAUAAGGUGCAUCUGAACUUUGAAAGAAGGGAGGGCGAUUCUGUGAACAUUCCUUGUACCCCUCAAGUAGUCACUCGUGUAUAUAAAGACUAUCCUGAAGCUAUACUUAUGUGGACAAAGAACGGUAAGAUUCUGAAACUGGAUCAAGAGCGUAUGACUGUCACUCCCUUAGAAUUAUCGAUCAAAAAACUUGUUGCAAAAGAUAAUGGCGUUUACGUUUGUAGUAUGCGAUAUGCUUCCGCUGUUGUGAAACCCGUGUCAGUAGCAGCAUUGACGGUUGUACCUCCAGAACCAAAUGCAGAGGUGCUAGCUGAAGAGCAACUAAUGCUAGUAUGCCAUGGAGCUCAGCUAGCCAAAAUAUUUAAGAAUCUUUCACAAAAGUGGCUCCACAAUGGUAAAGUCUUCGCCGAUUUUGGAAAAAAAUCUCCUCUUGAAGUAAACAUGUAUAAAAUUAAAGAGGUCUUUCCGAAUAUGACAGGGACUUGGUCAUGCCAGAUACAGGACAAAGCCCGAGGAAGGAAGUGGAUCACGAAUGUAUUUAUACUUAAAGUGCUUCCUGCAGUCCCGAAGUACAUGAAACUAUUGAGCAACAAGAAUCUGCUCAUUAUUAUCGGAGUAAUAAUUUUCAUUUCUGUGAUGGCUCUUGGAACGUUCUGUGCUUACAAGAUUAUUGUCAUAAGAGAAGAAUCUAAGGCUGACUUUGAAAAGUGGUGUGAGAUUGCAAAUUGUGACGAAACAACAGAAAGGAGUGCUGCUUCACUUACGAGCACAAAUUUGGAAAAUGUUGACAAUGUCUCUGAAUCUUCUUCCGAAGAUGAAUACUUAUAAAAUUGGGAAAUAGUUUAUAUCAGUUCCCUUGAAUUUAAGCAAUGCAAUUAUCUUUAAUGAAAUCAGUAAUUUUUGUUGAGAUAUACGUUCCAUUUGUAAAUAUAAUCUUUACAAACUUAUUGCAAAAAUGUACUGCAAAUGUAGACAAAAAAUUUAUUUAAAGAAGGUCUGCACAUUUUAUGAAUAUAUGUAUACACAUGAGAAUAGAUAUUCGUAAGUUCAUAAAUUUAUCUUCAACAUAUAUUAAGAUAUCUCUCACAUUUUAAUAUCCUUCAGAAUUUUCUGUGCAUUGUAUUCGUCGAUUCCAGAGUCUUU